UCUUUUAUUUUCAAUCACUAAAUCUGAUCUAUAUUUUUUUAGUAAAAUCAUUCCGAAGUACAUAAUUACAAAAUUCUCGUUAAUUAAAUUAUUUGUGACUAUAAAGUACUGAUAAUAGUUCCGAAAAAUGGGGUGCAAUUUUGAAUUUUCGAGAGGUUGCGGUACGGGGGUAGCGGAAGCUAUUGGAAAUUGGGGAUUUUCGAAUGGAAUAUCAAGUUCUGGCCAAGAACUUAAAUGCUUAAGAUAUCUUUCGGAGAAAAUGGCUUGCUUAAAAAAGACGCAACCAAUGAUGUGUGUAAAGUAUGACUGCAGAUAUGAUCCGGAAGCAUGGUCAGUAAAACCCAGCCCUGAAGAGUGCAAACCAGCUUGGACGGUUCCUAUGAAGAGACCACUGAUUACGUAUAGCUCUACCGCGGAAAUACUUUUAACUUCGAAUUUGAAUAGUAUUGGAACAGAUUUAUUGUAUGUUAUACCAGGUCGAAGUUAUGUACUACAGGGUACGGAUAAAUGGUACCGAGGAAGACCGAUUUGCUGUCCACAACCGAUCUGUUCAACGCCUGAUUAUUCUAAAAUGUGUUGUUAGUAUCCGUGUCUUCUAUAUAGCUUUUUUAAUUGUGAACUAAAAUACUGUACUACAUGAUUAUUAAUAAAGUACAAAAUAAACAUA